AUGAAAUUACUUUUCGUAGUUGUGUUGGCACUUGCAGUAGUAUGGUGCAUGUGUGCUGGUCAUUCAGUACAAGCAAAACGUCAUGACCUUGAAGAACAAGCUUAUAGAUCUCAAGAUUGGUCUCCCAAACCACUCUACAAUCGUCUUCCCAAGUAUGUUGAAGAACAAGAAGAUUGGUCAUUGGCAAGAUUCACUCACGAAGAGACAAAUGAAUUGAAAGAACGUCAUAAAAAACACUUGAACAGAGUAAAACAACUCAUUCAUUCUGCUUUGGAGGAAGUACUUGAAGAGGAAUCAAUGGAUGAAGAAUUUGAAGAAGUACCAAUGUCUGACAGUGCACGUCGUCGUCCUUGUGUUCCUACUGGAAUGUUUUCAUUUGCAAGAUUGAUGGGACAACAAUGCAGAACAGGAACUGGAUAUUAA